UUGCCAAGGAGGAAGAAAAAGCGGAAGCGGACGGUGUUUGUUUUGUUUGGCACUUCGCAGACAAAAUGGGGACACUGUCCUGUUUCUUCGGUACUUUGGGUCUGUUUCUCCCGCUGGCGAGCGUAUGGGCGUCCACGGACGUGUUCGACAGCGUGUUGGGAAGCACGGCGUCCUGCCAUCGGUCGUGCGAGAUGACAUACACUUUACAUACGUACCCGCGGGAGGAGGAACUCUAUGCUUGUCAGCGAGGCUGCCGACUCUUCUCCAUUUGCCAGUUUGUUCGUGACAGCAAAGAUUUGAAUCGCACUAAAUCCGACUGUGAAUCAACCUGCCACGAAGCCUACACACAAGCUAAUGAACAGUAUGCAUGCAAUCUGGGCUGCCAGAGCCAGCUUCCUUUUGCUGAGCAACGCUAUGAACAGCUGGAAGCCAUGGUGCCGAGGAUUCACCUGCUGUACCCACUGACAUUGGUGAGAGGCUUUUGGGACGACGUAAUGAGUCAGGCGCACAGUUUCAUCACCUCCACGUGGACGUUCUACCUCCAGGCGGAUGACGGCAAAGUGGUCAUUUUCCAGACUGAGCCUCAAAUCAAGUUCUUCCAGUUUGAAGUGGAGAAAGAAGAAGAGCAAGGACCAGAGAAGACAUUAUCGGUGUUAAGCAGCCCCGUCUACAAAGACUACCAGCGCACUGUCAUCCAGGAGAGGGAUCGGGACAUGAGUGCCGAUCGCAGCUACGACGACUCCAACCUCUUCAGCUGCCUCUCAAGGAACCCUUGGUUGCCGGGCUGGAUUCUCACUACCACUCUGGUCCUGUCGGUGCUGGUCCUCAUCUGGAUCUGCUGUGCCACCAUGGCAACCGCUGCGGACCAGCAUGUGCCAGCUGAGAAAUUGAGCAUUUACGGUGAUGGGGAGUUCAUCACGGAGCAGAAACUGAUUCCUUACCUGCCGUCCUCCCUGCUCAUUAUCACUGCCAAAGGGCUGGAAGCAGAAGAGGAGGGGGCGGGGCCUCUCCCUCCCAAGGUGAACCUCGGUCAAUCCGACAUCUAAAAGCUUUUUUGUUUUCCAUCAUGACUUGAUUCCUAUGACAAGUUCUUGUGAGUUAGAUUUAUAUAUAUAUAUAUAAAAGAAACUACUUGCAAAACAUUUUCUAUGAUUGAGUUUGAUGCUUUUUAAAUUAAGAGCGGGGAACAAUAGAGGCAUUGCGGUUCUACAGUAUAAUGUCAGUUAUAGUUUUACAGGUGCUUUUUCCCUUUCCUAAUUGUGUGAUACUUUAUUUUAUUGGUGAGUUGAUAAUGCAGACACUUUUUGGUAUGAUGCAAUGUGGUAACAGUUUCCGGUUUGCUGUCAUGCACCUGUGAUCUGUAGAUGACAUCAUAUUUAACAAUAAAAUGCUUUUAAUUCAA